CCAUUUCAAAGUCACAGACUCAUGUUUCACCCAGUUGUAACUUUAUCCAAAUGUGUUACAGGCUACUGUAAUUGACAGUAUUGGCUUGUGAAAAACGUUCAGCGUCCAUCAUGGUGAGUAAUCUUGUCUACGUGGCAUUUUUGGUGUGUGUUUGGGGUUUCGUGGCGUCGUGGAAACUCAGGCGAGUUCCAGAGACCAUUAAGAACGAACCGUCUGGUAGCGUCAACAAGAUGAUAUGGAAAUCCAACCAGAAUCAGUUUGCGGAGAAUAACAUGGACAAAGGAAAAACUCGUUUCUGGGCAAACAUUUUGCGUGGUGGUGCAGCCAGAAGAUCCCCAGGUCAUGGCCAUGUUAUAGACUGCAGUCCUGUACCUCACACCUUCACCAUGACCUGGGAACCUCUGAUGCCAAACACAACAGACAAUGUUGAAGUAAAGUUCAAUAUGGUGGCGAUGAAAGACUUCUAUGGAGGGAUAUUAGAUCUUGAAGCGAGAAUCUUCGAUAUUCAAGUGUGGUACAAGAAAACGGCUCUAUGCAAAAGUGUACGAGAUUUCGGCUUGAAAUGCCCCUUUAUAAAAGGACAAAAUAUCUCUUUUUCAUACACAAUUGAACACAAGAAGCCGUGGUUAUCUAUGCCGUACCAAGUAGAGCUAGACCUUUAUGAUGAACGUUUGGACUGGGUUAUGUGUGGUGUAGCCUAUGUUCAGGUUGUUAAUUAUUAAGGUUAAGUUGUUUCUUUUUGUUUUGGCAGUUAGCAUCCAACGCAGUUAAAGUCAAACAUGAUCAUUUAUUUC